AUGGAGGAGUACACGAAAUACCUGGCGGACCGCCUUUUCACUGAGGAUAAGAUGGUAACCUACCGAACUCUCAGCCGUGCUCUCAAGGUCCACGUCAACACCGCCAAGGGGAUGCUCUACGAAUUUCACAAGUCGCAGAAUGCGACGACGCCCGGCAAGGUCCAUGCAACGUAUCUGGUCUACGGCACCAAGUCGCCAGGUGUCCAGGAGGAUGGCGACCACGACAUGACCAGCUCACCGCCUGAAGUGGACGCCAUGGGAGACGACGUUCCCACGCAAACAUUGACCCUGGUUCACGAGGAGCGUCUCACUGAUGUCUUGGCCACAUACCAGGAGGUGACCGCUUUCCAGGUGUACAGCCUGGCCCCCUUCCCCAACAAGGAGUACCAGCUUCUGUCCGACGUGACGCGUGAGCUGCUGCAAUACGCUCACGAGGAUCCCGUCGCCAUGGCCUCUACGUACGGCUCCGUCACAAACCCAAACAUGAAGAGGCGCGAGCGCAAGAGCAGGCCGCAGGCCCAGCCGGCGCCGAAGCCCGCCGAGAAGAAACCCCCAGCGGCGGCGGCGGCGGCGGCGCCCAGUCCGGCGCCCGAGGUCAAGGAGGAGACCAAGCCGGCGACGGCCAAAGACAUGUUUGCCAAAAAGACGGGCGCAGGCGCCGCAGCGCCGGCCAAGGCUGCGCCUUCGCUCAAGCGCGGCGGCUCGUCGGGCAUCAUGUCUGCGUUUUCCAAAGCGGCGGCCAAGGCCUCGAAAGGAGGCUCCAAGCCGUCGUCCAACGCGUCCACGCCCAAACCGGUCGACUCGCCCGCCCUGUCGGACGACGGCGAAGACGACGAAGACCCGCUGCCUGCGCCGAAGAGGGCUGCCACGGAAGGGGGCCGCAAAUCCCGAAAGGACCGCGAGGCGGCCCUCCGGCAGAUGAUGGAGGAGAGCGAGGAAGAGCCAGAGGACGAGGAGGACAAGGAGGAGGAGGAGGAGGAAGAAGCGGCGGCAGACGAGCCGAUGGAGGACGUGCACGAGCCAGCGCUGGAGAAGAAGACCGACGCCCCGGCCAGGCAAGCGGAAGAGGUCGCGGCGAGCACCGGCGACGGGCGGCGUCGUGGCAAGCGGCGCGUCAUGAAGAAGACCCAGACGAUGGACAAGGAAGGUUAUUUCAUCACGACGCAAGAAGAAGCCUGGGAGUCCUUUUCGGAAGACGAGCCGGCGCCUAAGGCGCCUGCGCCCACCAAGGCGGCUGCGGCUGCGGCCCCGAGCUCUGGGACGCAGCCCAAGGCGAAGAAGGCAGCGCCCAAGGGCCAGGGCAACAUUAUGUCUUUCUUUGCGAAGAAGUGA